AACAGCAGUUUGUUGAAUCAAAUAAGAAACGUUCGCAGUGCAUAACAGUGUUAAGACGUUACGUUAAGACUCAUAAACAGCAAUGUCUCUCAUUCCAUUUUUGUACGAUAGCAGACCAUUCGGGAUGGUAGAACGGGAUUUAAUCAGACCGGAUUUCUAUCAAACCCUCGAUCUUGUACCGCAAGAGGUAAUGAGGCCUUGGGAUACCAUUUACCGACCAUGGCAAAACAUGAUCAGGCAAAUGGAACAGUUAAGCUCUGGGAUCAACCAGCUAGCUCUGAAGGAGGCGUCGCAAUUGUCAUCCGAUGGGGAGAAGUUUCAAGUCAAUGUGGACGUGCAACAUUUCGCUCCAAACGAAAUUAGCGUGAAAGUGGUCGAUGGUUUUGUGACUGUCGAAGGGAAACAUGAAGAGAAGAGAGAUGAGCACGGGUAUAUAUCGAGGCAGUUUGUGAGACGUUACGCCUUGCCGCAAGGAUGUCUUCCUGAUGUUGUCGAGUCUAAAUUGUCAUCUGACGGCGUAUUGACCAUCACUGCACCGAAAGUACUUCCAUUGCCAUCUACCGGAGAAAAGAUUAUUGCAAUUAUUAAAACUGGACCCAUUAAAAAGCAAAUUUCACAUUCUGAGUCGAUGAAAGAGUGAAUUUGAAUAUGUGAUUAAUCUCACUAUUGUUUUAUUGUGAUAAUUAUAUAAAGACUGUAUAUGCCCAUCGUACCUUUUAUCGUUUGUAAAUAAUUUCAUUUUCUUUUAUUGUCCUACCUACUCUUUUUAAGUACUGAUUUUAUAUUUAUAUUAAAUGUAAAUUAAAGUGAUAAAAUAAAUGUAAA